GACGUAGGAGUGUCAACAUGCAAGAUGGCGGCCCAUCACCGGCAGAACACGGCAGGGCGGAGGAAAGUGCAGGUUUCCUAUGUUAUUCGAGAUGAAGUAGAGAAGUACAAUCGAAAUGGAGUCAAUGCCCUGCAGCUGGAUCCAGCACUGAACAGACUUUUCACGGCCGGUCGAGACUCCAUCAUAAGAAUAUGGAGUGUCAAUCAGCACAAGCAAGAUCCAUAUAUAGCAUCUAUGGAACACCAUACCGAUUGGGUAAACGACAUUGUGCUUUGUUGUAAUGGGAAAACAUUAAUAUCUGCUUCUUCUGACACAACAGUGAAAGUGUGGAAUGCACAUAAGGGAUUUUGCAUGUCAACACUAAGGACACAUAAGGAUUAUGUAAAGGCCUUAGCCUAUGCCAAGGAUAAAGAACUGGUAGCUUCAGCUGGGUUGGACAGACAGAUAUUCCUCUGGGAUGUGAAUACCUUAACAGCAUUGACUGCCUCAAACAACACUGUCACAAGUUUGCAUCGAGACAGUGGCUCGUAUUUUGAGAGUGCUUCUACCUACAGCGUUCUAGCCCCCAAGAGUAUGAUUGAACAACAAGGAGCUAGUUCCUCACUGCAGUCUAAAAAUGCCUCUUCUUUAAGUGGGAACAAAGAUUCCAUUUAUAGCCUGGCAAUGAAUCAACUGGGAACAAUCAUUGUAUCAGGGUCCACUGAGAAGGUUUUAAGGGUGUGGGAUCCAAGAACAUGUGCGAAACUAAUGAAGCUGAAAGGGCACACAGACAAUGUCAAAGCACUGCUGUUGAACAGGGAUGGUACACAGUGCCUUUCAGGCAGUUCUGAUGGGACAAUUCGCCUUUGGUCCCUUGGCCAACAGAGAUGUAUAGCGACGUACCGAGUCCAUGAUGAAGGCGUUUGGGCUUUGCAGGUCAAUGACGCCUUCACACAUGUGUAUUCCGGUGGAAGGGACAGGAAGAUUUACUGUACAGACCUAAGAAACCCUGACGUUCGGGUACUAAUUUGUGAAGAAAAGGCACCAGUUCUCAAGAUGGAGCUUGAUAGGUCAGCUGAUCCCCCUCCCGCAAUCUGGGUCGCGACGACUAAGUCUACAGUAAAUAAAUGGACCUUGAAGGGAAUUCAUAAUUUCAGAGCCUCCGGAGAUUAUGACAAUGACUGUACAAAUCCUAUAACACCACUUUGUACGCAGCCUGACCAGGUUAUUAAAGGGGGUGCUAGUAUUAUUCAGUGUCACAUUCUUAAUGAUAAGAGACAUAUAUUAACCAAAGAUACCAAUAAUAAUGUGGCAUAUUGGGAUGUAUUGAAGGCAUGUAAAGUUGAAGAUCUGGGCAAAGUGGAUUUUGAGGAUGAAAUUAAGAAAAGAUUUAAGAUGGUGUAUGUGCCAAAUUGGUUCUCAGUAGACUUAAAAACAGGGAUGUUGACUAUUACUUUGGAUGAGAGUGAUUGUUUUGCCGCUUGGGUUUCUGCAAAAGACGCUGGCUUCAGCAGCCCUGACGGGUCAGAUCCAAAACUGAACUUAGGAGGACUUUUACUGCAGGCACUCCUAGAAUAUUGGCCUAGAACACAUGUGAAUCCAAUGGAUGAAGAAGAAAAUGAAGUAAACCAUGUAAAUGGGGAGCAGGAGAACCGAGUGCAGAAGGGAAAUGGAUAUUUUCAAGUCCCCCCCCACACUCCUGUGAUCUUUGGUGAAGCUGGGGGACGCACGCUGUUCAGGCUGCUCUGCCGAGACUCCGGGGGUGAGACUGAGUCGAUGCUUCUUAAUGAGACAGUGCCACAAUGGGUCAUUGACAUCACUGUGGAUAAAAAUAUGCCCAAAUUCAACAAAAUUCCUUUCUACCUCCAACCUCACGCAUCUUCGGGAGCAAAAACCUUAAAAAAAGACAGACUCUCCGCCAGUGACAUGCUCCAAGUCCGGAAGGUAAUGGAACACGUUUACGAGAAAAUCAUCAACUUGGAUAAUGAGUCGCAAACCACUAGCUCUUCUAACAAUGAAAAGCCAGGAGAACAGGAAAAAGAGGAGGAUAUUGCUGUGUUGGCAGAGGAGAAAAUCGAACUUUUGUGCCAGGACCAGGUUUUGGAUCCAAACAUGGACCUCCGGACGGUGAAGCACUUCAUCUGGAAGAGCGGGGGCGACCUCACCCUCCAUUACCGCCAGAAGUCCACGUGAAGGGCGGGCAGGCGCUCCUGGGUAUGCAUUUCCUGACCUUCCUCCGUGGCCCCGAGAGUAGUCCUAGGAAGCCCGCUGGGCCCCAAUGGGAGCAAGACUUCUAGCGGCCGAUUUGGUAUGGACCGAGAUUCUCUUUCUGUUGAAGCGACUAAUCGAGAUGUAAUAUAGAAACCAGUCUCCAUGUGUAGAUUAAGCUGUCCCCAGGGAGGCAGAGAGCGAGAGCAGGACACCCCCCCCCCCCCCCCCCGAAGAGGACUGUGUCUUGCAAGAUGUACAGAGAACGGACGACAGGCCAGCACAGACUCGGCUUCCUCCUUUUGUUUCAAAGGACCUUACCUUUGUCUGUUAGCACUUGUUAGAGACACAUCGGUAGAGCCACCUCUGUCACUGUGUUUCAACUUCAAACCCACACGCUCUGUAGCUUUUCUAAGAGAGUACAUUCCAUCCACGCAGCACCUAUGAAGGCUUUUUCCAAGUUGGUCAUUAAAAACAAACACCACAAAUGUUCUCACACUUACGACAGUUAUUUUUAAUAGGAAUUUGCUGUUGUACAAUUCAGGAGCCAGCCCACCUCAAAAUAAAUUCUCCUUCCUGGGCUUGUUUUAA